AUGGCUUCCUCUGCAACUCCUUCGGAUACUUCUUGUUCUCCUGUCAACUCCAUUGUUGAUCCGAGCUCAAAUCCUUAUUACUUCCAAAGCAGUGAUGGUCCAAACCUGCAUCUGGUAAAUAAGGUUCUUACUCGAGACAACUUUCAGAUAAGGAGCAUGUGUGUAACAAUGGCACUGAGCGCCAAAAACAAGCUAGGAUUCAUUUAUGGAACUCUGGAAGUUCCUCUCUCUUCUGAUGUGAAUUAUGCCACCUGGAAACGAGGUAACGACACUGUGAAAUCAUGGAUUCUCAAUUUACUGUCUGACAAUGUCUAUUCCAAUGUGAUGUUCAUCAAAUCAGUAAGGGAUAUAUGGAUUGAACUUGAAGAUCGAUUCUCCUUGACUAAUGGACCUAGGAUCUUCUAG